CAUUUUGGGCGCAGUUGCAAAAGUUACGUGAAAAGGAUAAGGACAUCAGUUACUUUUAUACCCUCUGCGUGUCUGUAUGUGUGUGUGCGGAAAAAUAAUUUAAAUUACCUUAAACAAACCACUGAAAUCCACAAGCUAAGCAAAGUUUCAAAUUGUGUGCAAAUAUGACAAAGAUUGCGAAAGGUGCACAUAUUAGUAUAGCCAACAAAAAAAGAAGAAAAAUCUAAGGACCCACAACAAACAAAUAAACAACAACAACAACGGCGGCUCAAUUGUCACAAUGACAAACGCCAGCUGAAGAAGACGUAGUCAGUUGAUUGGCCCCCGAAACCCGUAGUCUAGAGCCCCAUCGCUGAGGAGUGGGUGUGGUCAUCAUGCGACGUCCAAAAAUAUCCCUCAAGAAGUACUUCUAUUUCACACUGAUCUGCGCCCUCCUCCUCAUAUUCGGUUUCAGUAUCAAAGAGCACGAAAUAUGGAAGACGCGGGGUCCAAGAUCGUCACAAAUAACCACUCAGCAGCAGCACACCCAGCACCUGCAUCAACUGCAGUCCAUGGAGGAGGAGCAUCAAGUGGCCACCAGUUCCACGCCGACGCCAGCCGCAGCCACUCUGCUCCCUGAAGCGGCUGGUAAUUUGGUCGAGGAGCCGGAUCAGGCGGUUCUGGAGGAGGAGGAGAGCGAGGCCGAUCGGCUGCAAGAGCCGCCGGCGGAAAAGGCCUGGUUCUUCAAGAACGGCGAGUACUACCCCAAGCCAGCGAAGACCUACAGCAAUCGCAAGGCCAGGAAGCGACAUGCUCCCCGGUUGCUACCCCACCAGGAUCUCUUUUCCGAUCGGAUCGUCAACCAGCUGAUGUACGUGCCGCACAACUACGAGGAGAUCAAGUCCAGCGGCAAACUGAAGACCAUCCUCCUCUACAACGGACUCGGUCCCUGGAACGUGAAGAAGGGUCGCGACGUCUUCCUGAAAGCCAAGUGUCCCGUGGACACCUGCGAACUGACUGCCAAUCGCGAUCUGGCCAGCUCGGCCGACAUGGUCCUCUACAAGGAUCACUACAUCCCCACGGGCAUUCGGCGGCCCAGCAACUCCAAGCAGGUCACCAUGCUCUACUAUCUGGAGUGCCCGUACCACACGCAGAACGUCAAGGUGCCCGAUGCCAUCAACUGGACGGCCACUUACAGGCGGGACAGUACUAUUGUUGCGCCGUAUGAAAAAUGGCAGUACUACGAUACAAAGGUGCAGCAGCUGGAGCAAGACAUAAACUACUCCGUCAACAAGACCAAGAAGGUGGCUUGGUUUGUUUCCAACUGUGGGGCUAGGAAUGGCCGUCUCCAGUACGCCCAUCAGCUGCAAAAGCACAUCGAGGUUGACAUCUACGGGGCGUGUGGCAAUUUCAAGUGUUCACGGAGUACGGCGGACAAGUGUUUCGAGAUCCUCGACAACGACUAUAAAUUCUACCUGGCGUUCGAGAACUCCAACUGCAAGGACUACAUCACGGAGAAGUUCUUUGUGAACGCACUGAACCGCAGGGUCCUGCCCAUUGUGAUGGGUGCCCGUCCCGAGGAUUACGAGGUGAGUGCCCCGCGACGAUCCUACAUUCACGUGGACGAGUUCGCCUCGCCGAAGGAGUUGGCGGAGUAUCUGCACAUCCUGGAUCGCGACGACGAGCUGUACAACUCGUACUUCAAGUGGAAGGGCACCGGGGAGUUCAUCAACACGUACUACUGGUGUCGGGUGUGUGCCACCCUGCACAACGAGGAGCAGCUGCGGAAACCCCGGUGGUACUCGGAUCUCAACGACUGGUGGCGGGGACCCGGAGUCUGCACCACGAGAUCCUGGCGGAACUUUAAGGCACGCAAGGACAUUAUCAGCGACUCCAGCGACGACUGAGUCCAAGUGCUCGAAGCGAUCCAGAUCGUGGGCAUGGGCAUGGCGUAGAUCAGAAGUCAGCACCAGGCAUUUUAGUGAGUCAUUCGCUUCUGAAAAGUUGUUUUGUAGGUAUCACCAUCUCCACUUUCACUAUCACUAUCCACAGGAUGGGUCCAUUUUGCUUCGAGAAAUACAAAUUAGUGCAAUAUGCCGUCUUUAAAAAAAUUACCCUUACCCCAAAGACUUGUUUUAAAACUUUAAGUACGAAAAGAGAAGAGCAAUGAAUAAUGGCCAAAUAUUUAUUAUUAAAGUCUGUAGUAUUAAUUUUAGUUCUUCUUCUAAGAUCUCCAAUAAUUAGUUUUAGUCGUCAAGGCUAACAAAUUUGACUUAGUAAUUUUAAUUCAAUUAUUCAAAUUUUGUUUUCUCAAAACAAACGACCCAUCCUUCGCUAUCCAUGUGUAAAGAGUCGCUUCGUUUUUGCCGGAGUUUUACGUAAAUGUUUUUUGUAGUUAGUUAGUAAGUAAACCAAAGCUCACAACUUGCGUAGCCGGGUUAAUCAAAUCAAACCGAGAAGGCGAGGAGGUAAGGAGCGUUUAAGCACUGGCCCAUAGACUAAAAGAUCCCCGUGCUGAUCGUUGUAACAUAUACAAUACCAGAUGCAUAAGAGAACCUAGUAACCUAGCCUAGUUAUUUAUGGGUAUACAAAUGAUAUGUAUACAUAGUUCGGUAAUUUAUAUAGUUGUUUAAACUAAAAGCAAGUCCAAAAUAGACCAUAACAAGAUAAAGAGAGGCAAGCAAGUUAAAGUAGUUCGACAUUAUAUGGCUAAACUGCUAUGAUAAGAGCUAAUUAGCUUAGUUCUUUUGUAAGUGUUUUUUGUAAGCAACCAGCAGCUGAUGGAUUGUCCUCAAAUAUGUUGCCUGUUAAUAGAGCGUGUUUUCAUUUUAAAAUUUCCUUUUCGGUCUUAGAUCUUAUCUAUCUUGGCUUUUAGUUGAAAUGUUAGCUGUAUAGAGCUACUUAAAAAGGUUUCCCAGCCUGUUGAC